GCUGAUUGCAUUAUCUAUUUUUUUUCACGGACGGAAAUGAUUUCUAUGAAAGUGAACCACAUUUAUUGAAUAUCGGCGAUUUUAUGCAAGCUCUCCAUUCCCCUUACUUAUAACUUCUUCUUCCUGGCUGGCCCUGUAAACCUACAUACAUAACAGGACCUGUGGUAGGUAGGUAUUAUUGACAUGUACUUCAUUACGUAUCACAUUGCUUUUAAUUCAUCGGUACAGUUAGGUUAGGAUCAACAGGUGACCAGUAUCGACAAUCCUUUAGGUCAUUGACUUCCAUCCGCUUCUAGCCGCCGUUGACAUUUUAUCUUCCCUUCCUUGUGCUAAUUGAUUGCUCGUAUCCUUCCUCGUCCACCUCGAGCUUCAGUUGUCAAUUGGCUACCUAACGAGGUGUGACAUACGACGUCAGCGAGCAUGUAUCAACUCGCCUUAUUUGAGAUAUAAUCUGGAACCCCCGUGUUUUCGACAAUGUCAGCAGCCCCUGUCUGCCGACGACUCGGUCAAGAGCUCUGUAGAGCCGUGCCAAGAUGUCAACGCAAUCGAGUCUGGCAGACCUUCGAGACGCCUAACCUACAGAAAAGCAUUUUGAGAUCCUUUUCUUUCCAAACUGCUUUCCGACAAUCUACCCCUCGAGCCACUCCAAAACCGAAGCCUACUCCCAAACCUCGUAUCCAACAGCUCUCUCUCCUUGCCGCCAGCACUGGCCUAGGCUUGCUCACUCUGCUCUCUGUAUUCCAGCCCGUAUCCCCUGCGUCAAUUGAGCUUCCGACAGACGUCCCAGCUUCUCCCUCUGCACAAGCUCCGAUCGACGGCGACAGUGACGACGGAUUACCGAGAUAUCGACUGUCCGAGGUAAAAGAACAUGGUCCCAAAUCCGAGCGGCCGUGGGUCAUCUAUGGGGAUAAAGUGUACGAUAUCACGGACUGGGUUGCCGCCCACCCAGGUGGCGAGGUGAUUCUACGCGCUGCUGGCGGUUGCAUCGAGCCUUACUGGGAUAUAUUCGCCAUUCACAAGUCACAAUACGUCCGGGACAUUUUAGAGCAGUACGUGGUCGGCAAGGUGCAUUCAGACGAUCUGGAAAACGGGAGGCCGCUGCAAGACGCCAUCGAAGACCCCUUUGUAUCUGAUCCGGAACGGGACACGAGGUUACGCUGCAUAACGAAGAAACCGUGCAAUGCCGAGACGCCUGGGGAUGAGCUCGCUGAGUCCUUUUUGACGCCUAAUGAGACCUUCUAUGUCCGGAAUCACAUGUGGGUUCCCGUUAUCGACGAGACGGAAGCUGAUAACCACGGUAUCGCGGUUGAGCUGCCUGAUGGUGAGGUACGAGUCUACAGUGUCGGAGAGCUGAAGGCAAGGUUUAAACAGCACGCCAUCACCUCUGUUCUGCAGUGUUCUGGCAAUCGGCGCAAUGAUAUGACGAAAUAUGCCAAGAAGACGAAUGGGCUUCAAUGGACGGUUGGAGCUAUCAGCUGUGCGAAGUGGGAGGGUGUGCGACUUCGAGAUGUCCUAGCUGAUGCCGGCCUCUCGCUGGCUGACCCUGGCGAGGACGCUCGGCAUGUUCAGUUUUCUGGUCUGGAAGCAUACGGCGCAAGCAUCCCCAUCGAAUCAGCGAUCGAUCCCCGCGGCGACGUACUCCUCGCCUUCAAGAUGAACGACCAACCCCUCCCCCGCGACCACGGCUUUCCCGUCCGAGUGAUCGUCCCAGGCCACGUGGCGGCGCGAGCCGUGAAAUGGGUGAACAAGAUCGUCGUCAGCGACGAAGAGAGCAGCACGACAUGGCAGCGGCGCGACUACAAAUGCUUCGGCCCGAACGAGACGAAGCAAGACUGGGACAAGUACAAAUCGAUCCAAGUCAUGCCCAUCACGAGCGCCAUCACGCGAACGAGGUUAAAGCCCCAAGAGCCCUCCUCCCCACCAGAGACCAAGGCCCCGAAACCCGCGCCGCGGACAACGGCGAGCGGCCGCGUGGUCCAGAUCGAAGGAUACGCGUACUCAGGCGGCGGGCGCGAGAUCCAGCGCGUGGACGUGAGUCUCGACGGCGGCGCGAACUGGGACCAGGCGACGCUCAUCGACGACACGGUGCAAGAACGGGGGUCGCAGUCGUGGUGCUGGAAGCGCUGGCGAUACGAGGGCGUGCUGCCCGCUGUCCAAGAUGAUGCUAACGGCGAGGCGAAGACGACCUUCGUCGUCAAGGCCACGGACGACGCGUAUAAUACCCAGCCCGAGACGCACAAGAGCAUAUAUAACCUCCGCGGCAACCUCGCCACGGCGUGGCAUCGGGUUGAUUUCGAUUGCAAGACGGGGGAUUGCUGGGGUGAGAAGGGGAAUAAGUAGACGGCGGGAAGGAAUGCUUGAAGGGUUGGGUUUUAGUGGGAGUGAGUUGUGUUAUGAGGGGUUUAUAAAGCGAGAAUUACGAUUUGUUUUCUCUUUUCUCUUUUUUUGUUUCUUUUUUGGGCUUACGCUGGAACGGUUCGUUAAGAAAUGCUAAUUUAGAUUAUAAUUAGAUUGAUACCAAUUCGUUUACGUUGUUGGUGUAAAGGAAGCUCAAGCUGGGAGUUUGGACGGUCGUGCCUUUCAGGGCGGAUAGGGGGUUUAUAAUAUAUUAGGUAUAGGAUAGGUGUGGUCAUGGGGAUAUAUAUAUAUAUAUAUGAUCGUUAUGAAAUCCUACUCUGGCGAUAAUUGAGCAUUGGGUUAUCUGCCUCUGCGCUUUCUUACUGGCAUGAGUACUUAUUUCAGGGUUUCUCAUGUUCACUCGAUACCUACCUAACCUAACAACUCAGGAAGUUCCAGUUUCAUUAUCGUCUGAACGAUCUAGUAAGAGGCCCCAACUCGAUUAGCAUCCAUCACCCGACAUCAUCAACCUUGUCCAUAUCCAGCUGAACCUAGGCAAUGACAUAGAAUAGGCGUGUGCGUAAGUAGAUGUUAAUGAAAUCAUACUCUCACAAUAUGUC